AUGGCUUCCGACGCCAAUAAAGAUGGCGUCGGCUCGAUUGCCGGCCCAUCGUCAACUGCAGCAGCACCAACAAGCAUCUCCGCUUCACCAACGCUAUCGUUGCCGCCCACCUCGUUCGCUCUCACCGCCCCGUCCGCUUCAUCUUCCUCCGCCACAAAAGCAACCGCUUCGCAUGCAAGAAUAGCGACCACACCGCCACCACUUGCAGCAUCUGCGCAGCCGGCUGCCGCGCCGUCUUCCUCGUCCUUGCUCCGCACACACCUAUUUGACAUCAAGAGAAACAGCAGUGCGAUGGACGGCACCAGCAAUUCGGCACCCGGAAGUAGUACAAGAAAUAACAUAUCGGCGGCUGCCCGGCUCGCACGGGCCACGGCCCGCAUCAGUAGCGGCAGCGGCAGCGGCAACGGCAACAGCAUCGGAAAUGGCAUCGGCGGCAGUAGCGACAGCCACAUCGACGCAACAACCACCGGCAACCGCAACCGAAGCCACAGCACAGGUGUCUUGGACGCCGACGCAGUCGAUCAUGCGCUUCGUCGCGAACUUGGUCGCCAAAGCUACCACGUACCACCACCACCGCAACGAGAGGGGACACCCGGUGCGAGCCCGCAUAGGAAGCGGCAACGUAUCAACGGCGACCGCUUCAUUCCGACGAGGUCGGGCCAAGAUUUGCAGGCCAGCUUUAGUCUCUUACACGAAGACGGCUCGCCUGCGACGCCUUCAAAGCAGAAGAAGCGCACGCCACACGGCGAUCUUCACUUCCAAAAGACCGAGGAGGCCAACCGCACCUUUUCCACGCUGCUCCGCGCCGAGCUCUUUGAAGACUCAAUACCACAGGUCACACCGCCAUCCAUGUCACCCGAUCACACUCUGCCCAGUUCUUCCAGAGUCACCAAUGCCAUCGACGGCACCCGCUCACAUACCCCGCCACGUGCCACCAAUCCCGCCGCCUCCUCGGCCUCUGCUACCUCCAUGACGCCGUCUACACCACACAAGAACCUCUUCUCGUAUAUGUCGCCCCGCCAGUUCAGCCAUGUUGCCGGCCACCCAACGCCGUCCAGAACACCACAAAGCCGGCACGGUCCGAACCUCGAUACGCGCGCCGAGAUUUACAGCCUGUCUCCGGUCCGUUUCGGCAGCCAGCAGAUCCUCAUGAGCCCUCGCCGCCAACCCAGGGCCGUCAGCAAGGUUCCCUACAAAGUACUCGAUGCGCCAGAGCUGGCCGACGACUUCUACCUCAACCUGGUCGACUGGGGCAGUGCUAACGUCCUGGGCGUCGGCCUGGGAUCGAGCGUUUACCUAUGGAAUGCGCAAACGAGCCGGGUUAACAAGCUGUGCACUCUGCCUGACGACGACACCGUUACCAGCGUGUCCUGGAUCCAGAAGGGCACGCAUCUCGCCAUUGGUACGAGCAAGGGGCUCGUCCAAAUCUGGGAUGCUGAGAAAUCAAGGCGCUUGCGUACGAUGACGGGGCAUACGAUGCGCGUCAGCUCGCUCGCCUGGAACACCCACAUCCUCACAUCCGGUUCCAGAGACCGCCUCAUUUACCACCGUGAUGUUCGGGCACCGGAUCAGUGGCUGCGCAAGCUCGUGGGACACAAGCAGGAGGUCUGCGGUCUGAAAUGGAACUGCGAAGACGGUCAACUGGCCAGCGGUGGCAACGACAACAAGCUGAUGGUAUGGGAUAAGCUCUCCGAGACGCCGCUAUGGAAGUUCUCCGACCACACGGCGGCCGUCAAAGCCAUUGCCUGGUCGCCCCACCAGCGAGGUCUGCUGGCAUCCGGAGGCGGUACGGCCGAUCGCCGGAUCAUCUUCCACGACACGCUGCGCGGCACCGUGAUCAACGAAAUUGACACCGGCAGCCAAGUCUGCAACCUUGCCUGGUCCAAGAACUCCAACGAAAUCGUGUCCACCCACGGCUACUCGCAGAACCAGAUCGUCGUCUGGAAGUACCCGUCCAUGACCCAAGUGGUCAGCUUGACCGGGCACACCUACCGUGUGUUGUACCUGGCUAUGAGCCCGGAUGGCCGUGUUGUGGUCACUGGCGCCGGUGACGAGACCCUCCGCUUCUGGAACGUCUUUGGCCGCAAGCCCGGUGCCCGCGACGAUAGUGACGGCAGUGGUGGCGGGCGUCUCGCGGACUGGGGCGUCAUCCGAUAG